CAUCGAGAUACACGGUCAAGAAGAUCUCUACCUCGACAGAAGUUCUUCCUAACAACAAAAUGCUUUACUUGGUGGUGAAGAGAAGGCGAUCAAGUUAAAGGACAAACAAUAACCAGGCUGAUGACGUUGCUGCUGGACUCGGUGUGGCUGCUGUUGGCCUUCUCUCUGGUGUUUCCCCCUGUGUCUGUCGGAGCCUGUUCAACUCAGGAGUUUAGCUGCUCUCAGGAGUUAUGUGUGCCUAAGGACUGCGUGUGUGACUUCACCGACAACUGUGGAGAUGGCAGCGACGAGGAAGACUGCUCCAGAUAUAAGAGGUGUGACUUUGAGGAGGGAUUCUGUGACCUGAUCCAGAGCUCAGAGUCGCUCUCUAAUUGGACCAGAACGACUGAGAUCCCAGGACUCAAACAUGAUCACGCCAACAACACAUCAGCACAUUUCCUGUCGCUUUUACCUGUCAGAGGAAAAAGAACCACAGCAGAACUGACCAGUCCCGUCUUCCUGCCCAGUCAGACGUGCCAGAUGAGCUUCUACCAUUAUGUCGGGGCAAAGCAUGGAGGUCUUCAGGUCUGGGUUCAGUCUCAUACUCGGACUACAGAGGUGUGGGAAAACUCCACACAACCACAGAUGGAAAUGUGGCUGCGGACGGUGAUUAAGUUUUCCAGCAAUGACAGUUUUCAGGUGCUGAUUCAAGGGCAACUUUCAGCUGACAGCGAGGCCUCCGAGGUCCUGGCCAUCGAUGACCUAUCCUUCAGCCCCGGCUGCGUGACUGUGCCUGUGAGCAGUGUGCCCCCUCCUCCUGUUUGCCCUCCCUUGAGGUUUGCCUGCGACACUGGGGAGUGUAUCGAGGAGAGCAAAGUGUGUGACUUCACCCCACAUUGUCCCCAUGGGGAGGACGAAGCCAACUGCCCCUCUGAGUGCAACUUUGAGGGCGGUUCUUGUGGCUGGUACGAGCUCACCCUUGGCGAUGGCUUCGACUGGGUCAGGGGCUCUUCUGUGGAGGUACCUCCACACUAUUAUGGCCACCCACCACCUCUGGAUCAUUCCACAAACAGCACCGAGGGCCACUUCAUGUUUAUACUGAAGAACAGUAGCAGUCUUUAUCCAAGGGCUGUUCUCAGAGGACCCUGGUUCAGACAAUCGGCCUCCGGGUGCACGAUGACCUUUUGGCAUUAUAACUCAGGCAUAUCUGUGGGAGCUGCAGACAUGUACCUUCGAAUCAAAGGAGUCCAAAACAACACUGUCAUAUGGAGGACAUUGUACGACCAGGGCACCCGCUGGAACCAGGUCACCGUACAGCUGGGACGCAUCACCCAGCCCUUCCAGAUCGCUUUGGCUAAGAUCAGCCUCGGUGUGUUUGAUGGUGUCUCUGCCUUGGAUGAUGUCACCUUCAAGAACUGCUCGAUGCCCCCGGCGGUGGCAGAGUGUCCCGCGCUCACACAUUUCCAAUGUGCGAGUACCAAAGCAUGUGUGGAACACCUGCAGCUCUGUGACCUUGUGGAUGACUGUGGGGAUGGAUCCGACGAGAAGGGAUGUUCUCCAGAGCUGCAGUGUAACUUUGAGCGUGGGCUGUGCAGCUGGAAGCAAGAACAGAGUGGAGGAGAUGUGUUUGACUGGACCCGGAUCCAAGGCCCGACUCCGACCUUUAACACGGGGCCCUGGAAGGACCACACACUGGGCACCAGCUACGGGCACUACCUCUACAUCGAGUCCUCCUUUCCCCAGGAGUUCAAGGACACAGCUGUGUUGCUGAGCAGAGUCUUCCAACCCACCCACCAGCGUGGCAAAGACCCCUCCAGGUCCCGCCACCACUGUGUUUUCCGCUUCCAUUACCACAUGUUCGGCUCGCACGUGUUCUGCCUGGCAGUGUACAUCAGGACUACCUCUACAGGCCGCGGGCACAUGCUAUGGGUACGAUAUGGAGACCAAGGAAACCUCUGGCACAGGAAGACUCUCUACCUCAACAGCGCUCGGCCUUUCCAGAUUUUAAUUGAAGGUACAGUUGGAGAUGAUUUUAACGGAGACAUUGCGAUUGAUGACCUUUCCUUCCUGAACUGCAACCCAUAUGAGGGAGAGCUACCCACAGCGAAUAACACAACCCCUGCGGUGACCCCUCCAGCCCCCACAGUUCAGCCCCACAGUUGCCCUGAUGGAGAGUUUGUGUGUGGGGCACAUGGGGAGUGUGUUGCCAACAGCAAAGUGUGUGACUUCAGACAGGACUGUUCUGAUGGCUCAGAUGAACUGAACUGUGUGAAGGAACAGUGCCAUUUUGAAGGCAGUGAUACUUGUGGUUGGAAGAGCUUCGACUCCUCUUUGGUCCCAAUCCACACGUUUCGCUGGAUCGCCGACCAAGGGGAGAGUAUUCAUAACGGAGAGCAGUUUCACCGUCCUAUAAACGACCACACCCUAGGCAGUCCUGAGGGUUGGUAUAUGUGUGCAGACAGUUCAAACGGCGGCUAUGGUCAAACCACUGACCUUCAGACACCUGUCAUCUCCUCCACUGGGCCACAGUGCACCCUGGACUUCUGGUACUACAUGAGUGGCUUCACAGUGGGAUCACUGCAAGUGCUGUUGAAGUAUGGAAACGUCUCUCACGAGGUUUGGUCUCAGACUGGUAACCAAGGCAACAAAUGGAGACGAGGAGAAGUGUUUUUGGGGUUAUCAAACAACUUCCAGGUGGUGUUCAGGGCGAAGCGAGGGAUCAGCUACAUGGGCGAUGUGGUGAUCGAUGAUGUCAGCUUCCUGCACUGCUCCCCUCCUCUUCCGUCAGACCAGCCGUGUACACCUGAGCAGUACGCCUGCGCUAAUGGCCACUGCAUCCCUCAGGACAACCUGUGUGACUUCAUCAACCACUGCGGGGACAACUCUGACGAGGACCACUACAUCUGCAAGGGCUUUAGCGGACGCUGCAGUUUUGAGUUCGACCUCUGUUCCUGGCGCCAGAGCCGAGAGGAUAACUUUGAUUGGCUGAUCAAAGCAGGCAGCACUCCGACAGUUGGCACCGGGCCAUCGACGGACCAUACCCUGAGAGACCCCUCUGGGCACUACCUCUACCUGGAGAGCACCUUCCCCCAGGCAGCUGGAGACACCGCCUGCAUAUCAGGACCCUUACUAAGCCGCAGGAGCUCACAGUGCAAGAUGCGUUUUUAUCUCCACAUGUCUGGAGACGGCAUCGGGACCCUCAGUGUGUUCGGGAAAAGCGAAGGACGUCUUCAUCUCCUUCUGAACCUGACGGGAGAUCAGGGCAACUACUGGCAGAUGAAAGAGAUCCCGCUGAGCUCCACCGGGGACUUUCAGGUCAUGUUUGAGGGCAAGGUCGGCCGAAGUCCAAAGGGUGACAUCUGCCUGGAUGACAUCACUUUCUCUCCUGGGUGUCUGCUCGCCUCCUCAGCUGCAGUAGAGGACAACACUCCUCCACCUCCUGCAGGCACCUGUCCUUCAGGCCUCCUGCUUUGUGACAAUGGGCAGUGUUUCACUCCGGGGCAGAGCUGUGACUUCACAGAUGACUGUGGCGAUGGCACUGAUGAAAAGGAUUGUGGGACUUCCUGCUCCUUUGAGAACGGACGCUGUGGCUGGAAGAGCUCCCUGGCCGAUAACUUCGACUGGACACUAGGGGUUGGAUCUAUCAAAAGCAUACGGCCUCCAUACGAUCACACGUUGAUGGAUGAAAGUGGUCAUUUUGUCUAUCUGGAAGCUACACCAGUGGGACUCAAAGGUGAUAAAGCUCAUCUCAGGAGCUCUGUUUGGAAAGAGUCGAGCGCCAUCUGUAAGCUCUCCUUCUGGUACUACAUUUCCCACAAGGCCUCAGGAACAAUCCGCCUGCUGAUCAAGACAGAGAACGAUCUGCGGGAGGUGUGGAACAAAACGGGGCAUCAGGGGAAUAAAUGGAACCGAGCAGAGAUCCCUCUGAGGAAGCUGAGGAACUUUGAGGUGAUAUUUGAGGGGAUUCGCUCGAGGGACGUGAGUGGAGGUGCUGCUCUGGAUGACCUGGAGUUCAUAGACUGCGCUCCAAAUGUUGUAGAGCCACUCAGUUGUCCUGCAGUCACAGACUUUGUGUGUCGCAGUGGCCACUGCAUUGAGUCCCACCUGAUGUGUGACAACAAGGCCGACUGUGCUGAUGAAUCAGAUGAGAUAGACUGUGAACCCAUGGAGCACUUUCCAGGAGCUUGCAAUUUCAACUUGGAUGAAAGCCAGUGGGAAGAGACCUGCAAGCUUUCUCAGGACACUGAUGAUGACUUUGAUUGGAGGAUCGGUCAUCGGAGGGAGACACCAGGAACUGGACCUCACACUGACCACAGUGUUGGUGGUGGAAGGAACUUCCUCUUCAUACACUCAGCCACUCAGAGGGAGGGUGACGUUGCCAGGGUGACAACCAGGAAUCCAUUUCCAGCCAGCAUCGGCCAGUGUCACCUCCGCUUCUGGUUCUACAUGUAUGGCUCUGACAGGAUGGGAACGCUGAAGGUCUACACUGUUGGACCCACUGGCACCAGCCUGCUGAUGUGGGCAACCACUGGAAACCACGGUAACCAGUGGACAUACGCUAAUGUCAUCCUGUCCAACCCAGCACCUUUCAGAGUGACCUUCCAGGCAGAGGUGGGCGGAGACAUGUGGACAGACAUUGCCUUGGAUGACAUUUCCUACACUGCGCAGUGUUUGAUAGAAGGACCGGUAACUCCCCAGCCUCUGACCUGCGCCGUGGACCAGUACCAGUGUACGUACUCCUUCCAGUGUAUCCCAGAGAGUUGGAGGUGUGAUGGAGAGCUGGACUGCGCCGACCAGUCUGACGAAGAGUUUUGUCCCACUGUGGUUCCCGGUACUGUUCCUCCUCAGGAUCACUGUCCUAUUGGACAUUACCAGUGUUUGAAUGAUCUCUGCCUGCCCUCCAUAUUGCGCUGUGACGGCGUCCCAGACUGCCCCGAUGGGGAGGAUGAAUACAGCUGCCCUCUGCUGCAGUGCGAGCUGGGAGAACUGGUGUGUGAAGGUUCACCUGGUUGUAUCCCACUUCAGAAGCGCUGUGACCACUCUGCCGACUGUCUGCCAUUUCACUCGGAUGAGUCCAGCUGCCAUGAUUGUCCUCGGCUGUACUGCCUGGAUCACGGCUCAUGCCAUGUGGAGAGACACGGGCCUGUUUGCAUCUGUUAUCCAGGAUGGACAGGCAACCGUUGCCAUGUGAAGGAGAAACCACCUCUCUCAACCUCAUCUCCUAAACCAGAGGACACACAGCUGGAUGCUGUGUAUGUUGGCAUCGCCAUCGGCCUGCUGCUGCUCGUACUUGGAGUUGCUGUCGGCUUCCUGGCAUUACUCAAGAAAAGAUGCUGCUUAAUAAAGCCCAACCCGAUGGACUACGGGGUGAUGGAUAACCCAGGCUUUGACUGGAGAGCAGAGCACCCGUCCCUCCACGAAAGGCCAGGCGGGUGUCCCAGACUUAACCCCAGGAGGAGUGAUGGUCGGGGGCUUUCCAUCAGUGUCUACCCCUGGAGGAAGGAGGCGGAGCAGGGUUCAGCCUGGAAAGAUGCCAAGCUGUCCUUCGCCAACCCGCUGUACAAUUACCCCCCUGAUGCUUAUAGUGCUGACUGCAAAAGCUCUGCAGCAUAAAAACAAUGGACCUUACAUAUCGACACUGGAGUGCAUGUGGGUCAAACAGUGUGUGCACAUACUUGAUCAGUUUGUCUUGACCUGCAGAGGAGCCAAGUUUAAACAACGUAAAGAGGAAGAAAGUUUAGAUACAUUGCAAGGAAGUAUCUGAAUGUCAGUUCUGAUACACUGCUGUUGCUGUUUGAUUGACAACUAAAUAAUCAGCUCAUCAUAUUAAUGAUGUGUUACCCCCCGCAACCCAUCUGCCACUAAAAGGGAAGCACACUAAUCCAUGACUGAAACAAAUUGUCUCUAUAUAAAUACCAAUAAAGGUAGUUUAAAAAGUAAAGAGGUGAACAGUUUCUGCAGGAGUUCUGCUUUAUGCAACACUACGAUUUUAUAAGUUAAGAUGAUAAUGUCAAUUAAUGAUCAAUCAGAUGAACUUGGAUCACUAUAAAUUACAAUCAAUCAAUCCGCAUUUCUUCUCUUGUUGUUUAAGCUUCCAAAAAAUGUGAUAAAAGAUUUAAAAAACACUGUUUUAGGGAGGAAAACCUUUAUAAUUCACAUUUUUGGGAAAUACGCCUAUUUGUUUUCUUAGUUUAGCAUAAAGACCGGAGGAAAGGGGAAACAGCUCAUACUAGCACCUCUAAAACUCACAAAAUAAAACUUUUUUGUUUAAUCCGUACAAAAACCAAAUUAAAACAACUCUUACUGUUUUACAGGCUGUUGUAUGAGAGACUAUUUCUUGGACGGGAGCAGUAACUUCCUGGAGAUGUUUCGAUGUUUUCCAGUCUUUAUUUCAGACUAUUCCUUUACAUAGUUGAAGAUAUUGGGGGAGAUAAUGAAAUAAAUUGCCCAUUUUUACAUAGAAAAAAGGUUAAAUCUCAAAAUCCAGCAGUACAUGCGUCACAAUGGGCAUUAGAACAAAUUAGUCCAUUUUGUAAUACAGUCAGUGUAGUGUUAGUGCUGCAGUACUUUAACUUGCAGAAAUGGUUGUGGGUGCCUCGUGCAUGGUGAUUAAAGGUUUUCUUUAGUGCUGGCAAAAGCAGAAAACAUCCAGUUCAUGGAACUGAAAGGCUCGACUGAACACACAGAGCCUCAGAAUGGAGUCCUGGCUUCAUUAGUGAUCCUUUCUAAUCCCCACAAGUGCAAAUAAAAUAGUUUGCCCCUGUUUUAUUUGCAAAUUAAAAUCCAUUACAAGUCAGAGUCCUGUGUUUGUGUGUGUGUGUGUGUGUGUGUGUGUGUGUGUGUGUGAGCUGACUCUCUUGUAUUAACCAGCAUGGAGCAGAUGGGAUCAUAAACAGCACAGUUAAACCAGUCUGUUAUAAAUUUCACGAGGGUUCAGUCAUGGCUCCUCUCAGCUGACAUGCCAGCAUAAAUGUCCUCCUCGUAUUUGACAGUCAACGCGAUGAUUUAAAAGAUCAGGCCUUGUUCUGAAUAGAGAGCAGCCUCCUUCUCAGCAUCGUAGUGAUGAUAUUUCUCUUUAAAAUAUGCUUAUCUGCUUUCUUGCAAAGAGUAAUGUGAGAAGAUUGAUGCCACUCACUUAUCUAUCUGUCAAAUAUGAAGCUAUAUAUCUAGCUUUGGGUUAGCUUAGCAUAAAACCUGAAAAAUGGCUGCCUUUAUCGGUACCUCUAAAGCUCUAACUUUACAUUUAGAAACAAGAGUGGUAUUGAUCGUCUCAGUAAAUAAAUGCAUUUCCCAGAAUGUCUUAAGUAUUUCUUUAUAAUCAUGUUAGGCAAUACAAUUAUAUCCGGUCUUCUGUUGUUGCAGCGGACUGGAUCUGUGCAGGGUCAAACUUACACUGAAUCGAUAGAGGUCACACUGUUGCUCUGUCAGUGUAUUAACACGGAUAUCUUAGACUGCAUGUACUGAAUUUGGAUGAAACCAAUAAAAAUAUAAUGUGAUUAGCAUUUUAUUUUAUCCCCUAGAUUAGUACUGACCCAUAAUUCAAUGUUGACAUGUCAUGGGAGUAAAAGCAAAGGUGUAAAUAUAAGAUUAAUGAUGAGUCCUGAUAUUGUGCAUGAAGGCUUACUGGGACACUUGAGUGGAGCUUUCAUUAAUGUUAUUAGUAAAACAUGUGUUUAGCCUACUGUGAUUAAUUAAAUAAUAAUCUUAUUAGAUACAGGUAGGAACACAAACAUAAAAAAAAAUACAUUUCCUUUCUUUGGCCUGUUUUUUUUUAUGGUACUUCUGGCUUUUACAGGGAGUUGGUGCAAUGAUAAACCGAUGCAGUCUCAAUCCCAUUUAUUAUAAAUGUCAGGUUAACUUGGUUCUGAGAGCCUCCACUUCAUCAAAAACACAUCAAAAUACUCCCAUUCCUUCAUAUUGGUCCAAGUUCAAGUUAUGAAUCCUUAAUUUUUAGGCUGUGGAUGAACGCAAUCUCCAGUGUCAUUACUGUUUAGUGUCGUUCUCCAUCACUCGAGAGUCUCUGCUGAGUCUGUAGGUGGAUUCUGGGUCAGAGAUUUAUCAGAGGGCCACUGGAUCAAUUUCAGCCUUUGAGCUGCUCCAACUGUUUUAUUUUUUGUGCCCUCGCCUUAUAUUGGCUCACUACCUUUUUCCUCUGACAUUGUGCCCUCCAAAGCUAAAAAGAAACUACAUAUGGGGACAGCCCAUUGUUCAAAAAACCCCACUGGUCGACAAUGGAAAAAUAUCCCAUUGGACCGCCAAAGACAAAAGCCCAUUGCUCCAAAGGUCCAUUUUAUUCUAAAUAUCUGAUCAGAAUCUGAUUUUGACCUUUUAUUAUUAAAGUAUUAUGACAUAGAAAUGUAAUUUCCAUGAAAACAGAAUGUAAAAUUGCCACAGAAAGUGAAAAAACAACUAGAAAACUAAGAUUAAAGUAGGAGAUUUGGCUACAAGAGUAACAACAUUUGACAUAUUAUUUUCCAUAAUAUGUAAAAUAUCCAUUUUGAUCAACAAUGGCAUUCAAUUUAUUAUCCUGCCAACGGUAACUAGCUAGAACAGAGAAGCAGUAACUGCCAUCACAACCAAAGUUAAUGCAAUUUGGUGUUGUUAAGCUACUUUUAAAUCACAUAUAUUAAUGUACUGAAUUACAAUCCAUUGGUUUUAAUAUAGUGUAAAUAUUAUCAGUAGCCAAAAAGACAGAAAAAAGGGAUGUAGAUAAGUGUCAGAGAGAGAUCCAAGGGGACGCUAGCUGGACAUAGUUAUCCUGAUCUAAAGCUAAAACCUCAUUGAUUCCUCUCUAACUAUAAUCUGUACCAAUUUUAAUGAACCAACAUUUGAGUAAAACCAGUUUGUUAUUUUACACAAUGACUGAAUACAUCACUAACUGCCCUCUCAGCUUUUAAGUCUACAAUGAUGAUAAAUGUAUUAUUGAGUUCAAUAUACUGUACAUAGACAGACAUUUAAUCCGUAUUGACUCUAACUGUGGACUGUAGAUGAUCAAAAUAAACUCAUUUCAAAUGAACAAGAA